AUGCCUGGAUAUUCCGACAGAGACCGCGGCAGAGAUAGAGACAGAGACCGUGGCUACGGUGGUGGCCCGCACCGUUUUGGUGGUAGCCGCGGCGGUGGAGGUGGUGGUGGCGGAGGAAAGUUCGGCAACCCCGGCGAUCGCCUGAGGAAGAAACACUGGAAUCUGGACGAGCUUCCAAAGUUUGAGAAAAACUUUUACCAGGAGCAUCCAGACGUAUCGAGGAGGCCUCUGCAAGCAGUCGAACAGUAUAGAAAUGCUAAAACAAUCACCGUGAAGGGGAGAAACUGCCCGAAUCCAAUUGUAAAUUUCCACGAGGCAAGCUUUCCAUCCUACGUUAUGGAUGUGAUCAACAAGCAAAACUGGACCGAGCCGACACCCAUUCAGGCUCAGGGCUGGCCUUUAGCACUGAGUGGCCACGAUAUGGUCGGCAUCGCACAAACCGGUUCUGGCAAAACUCUCUCGUAUCUGUUACCUGCAAUCGUUCACAUCAACCACCAGCCUUUCCUGGAGCGUGGUGACGGACCAAUUUGCUUGGUGUUGGCACCAACACGUGAGCUGGCACAGCAGGUGCAACAGGUUGCUGCAGAGUAUGGUAGAGCUUCUCGCCUGAAGUCCACUUGCAUCUAUGGAGGAGCGCCCAAGGGUCCGCAGAUUCGGGAUCUUGAGAGAGGUGUGGAGAUCUGCAUCGCCACUCCAGGCAGACUCAUAGACUUCCUCGAAGCAGGAAAGACCAAUCUGCGCCGUUGCACUUACCUAGUUUUGGACGAAGCUGACAGAAUGUUGGACAUGGGUUUUGAACCACAGAUCAGAAAAAUUGUGGACCAGAUUCGACCUGAUCGCCAGACGCUAAUGUGGAGCGCCACCUGGCCUAAAGAGGUGCGUCAGCUAGCUGAAGACUUCCUCAAAGACUACGUGCAGAUCAAUGUCGGCGCACUGCAGCUCAGCGCCAACCACAACAUCCUUCAAAUAGUUGAUGUAUGCAGUGACGGAGAGAAGGAAAACAAGCUCAUUCGCUUGCUGGAGGAAAUUAUGAGCGAGAAGGAGAACAAGACCAUCAUCUUCGUUGAGACAAAGAGGCGAUGUGAUGAUCUGACAAGGAGGAUGAGGAGGGAUGGAUGGCCAGCUAUGGGAAUCCAUGGGGAUAAGAGCCAGCAGGAGCGAGACUGGGUUCUCAAUGAGUUUAAAUACGGAAAGGCCCCAAUUCUGAUUGCCACUGACGUUGCGUCCCGUGGCUUAGAUGUUGAGGACGUGAAAUUUGUCAUCAACUUUGACUACCCCAACAACUCUGAGGAUUAUAUCCACCGCAUUGGCAGAACGGCCCGUAGCCAAAAGACUGGCACGGCCUACACCUUCUUCACCCCCAACAACGUGCGGCAGGCCAGCGACCUCAUCUCUGUUCUCCGCGAGGCCAACCAGGCCAUCAACCCCAAGCUCCUCCAAAUGGGUGAAAUCAGAGGAGGUCGUUCAAGGGGAGGCAGAGGUGGUGAUUUCGACCGCAGGGAUCGCUAUUCUUCGGGACGGCGAGAUUUUGGCGGUUUUAGAGAGCGGGAUAGCAGUAGAGGCUACGACAACGGACCAAACAAAAGCUUUAGCACAAAUGCUCAGAACGGAGGCUACGGGGGGAGCGGCGGUGCUAGCAAUGGCUUUAGCGGGGGCUACAAUGGCAACGGACAGUCGUUCAACAACCAGGCAGCAUCUUUCCCACCUCAGAACAACUUCCAAGUGCAGCAGAACGGUGCAAGUCACCCUCCAUACUCCUUCCCCCAAGCACAGCCCCCUCCUCCCCCAGGGAUCACGCCCUACCCCAUGCAACCGCAGUUCCCUCAGUAA